GAAAAAUGUCUAAAAUAAUCGUUUUAAAAUGCGUCGGUCACAAUCCCAAGGAUUUCGAGCUGGAAGAAGCGGUGGCGGUGCAAUUCGGGUGUAUCAAGGACCUGUUCCACAGUGACUUCGAUGCCGAAAGCAAGAUAGUAGUCGACGUUCCCGUGAAAUUCAACAGCUACAUCAUAGGACGGAUAGUGGAAUUCUGCAGUAGCCGAGCCAGCUUUUCAAGCGACAGGGCGUACUGGGAGCAAGAUUUUUUCCAUCCAUGCAGAGAACCAAACCAAAGGAAGCGAAAGGAGCUUAUCGCAAUGAUGGAGGCGUCUGAAUACCUGGGUAUGGAAUCGCUCGUGGAACUCACCACCCAGUCAUUGGCAAAUUAUCUCAAAGGCAAGAAUCCCCUCACCAUUCGAUCUUUGUGGAAGGUGGAAGGCGACCUCACUGCUGAGGAGGAAGCUAAGGCGUUGGCGAUGGGCGUGGCAAAAUUAGGACAUUAAGUCCAUUGAUGCUCUACAAAAUCUUAUGUGAUUACUGAAGUCUGAAGAAGUUUGUCCAAGUGUCGUUUGUUUGAAGUCAAAAAUAAAGAUGUAGUAGGAUU